UUCACGGGAUAAACGGAAGUGCUGACAGCCGUCGGGUCUGCCGUGUGUGUGGAGGAGUCGGAGGACCCGGCUUAGUGCUCGGCGUGUAGUGACGUCAUCACCGAAGCGACAGAGGAAAAUGGCGGGGUCGGACGCUGCGGAUGAGAUCGCUGCUUUGUGCUAUGGACAUUACCGGACCAAGCUCUCCAAGCAAGGCCAGCCAGACACCAGCAAGGAAUGGACUCUGAUGGCUGCCGUGAUACAAGUGGAGUGUGCGGCGGGAAAGAAAGUUGUUGCUAUGGGAACUGGGACAAAAUGUAUCGGGCAGUCAAAAUUACGGACAACUGGUGAUGUUCUCCAAGACAGUCAUGCGGAAAUAAUUGCAAAGAGAAGUUUUCAGAGGUACCUCCUCCACCAGCUUUCCUUAGCGCUGUCAAGGAGCCAUGAUUGUGUGCUGGUUCCUGGAAGUGAUACCAACAAGUGGACGCUGAAGCCUGGGGUCUCCUUUGUGUUCUUCACCAGUCACACUCCAUGUGGUGAUGCAUCAAUUGUACCCAUGCUUCCCCUAGAGGACCAGCUCUGUCCCACCUCUACAGCGCCACAGGAAGCCACCCCAUUACUCUGCGACCCUAUCACAACCACUAAUAAGAGGAAGCAGGCUUCUUGUGAUUCUCCACCUGCCAACAAGAGAAUGAAGCAAGACGGAUCCGACCAGGAAACCGAGAGAAUAGCUGAAACCAAGGAAAAGGAAGAAAGUGCCACUUUUAACCCUGAACCAAUAGAUGUGUUCAGGACCGGAGCGAAGUGCGCUCCUGGGGAGGCUCAAGAUGGGCACAAUCCAGGGGUGGACUAUCACACUGUGGGAGUCCUCCGCGUUAAGCCGGGCCGAGGAGACCGCACAUUAUCCAUGUCCUGCAGUGACAAGAUGGCUCGAUGGACCGUGCUUGGCUGCCAGGGGGCGCUGCUCAUGCACUUUCUACAAGAACCCAUCUAUCUGUCCUCCGUUGUGGUGGGGAAGUGCCCGUUUAGUCUGCAGUCCAUGGAGAGGGCUCUACACAGUAGGUGCAAAAAUGUCUCGGGUCUACCUGAAGGAUUCCACGUGCAUGUGCCACGUAUCCUGCAGUCACGAUUACAGUUUCAGCACGGAAGAGACGCACUGAGGAAAGCGGAUGAUGCAAGAAAGCUGGGUCCUUGUGGUGCAGCAAUUAGUUGGUGUGCAGUUCCACAUCAGCCACUAGAUGUCACUGCUAAUGGCUACAGACAAGGGACCACGAAGAAAGCGAUUGGAACGCCACAGUCCAGAUCCCGGAUCUGUAAAGUAGAAUUAUUUCACAUGUUUCGUCAUCUGCUAGAGAACCUGUCGGAAGAGCAGAUCCCGGAGUCACUCAGGGAAUUGAAGACAUAUGGUGAUUAUAAAGAAGCUGCUCGGUCUUACCAGGAAGCCUGGAGGCUGCUGCGAGAACAGGUACUUACAUCCUGGAUCCGAACAUCACGUGACUACCUGAACUUCAGCUGAGACCCAAAGUGCAAAUCACCGACCUGGCACAACAGAGGUUCUGGGAGAGGAUGGGAAAGCCCCUCGGUGAUGUGCGCCUCCAUCUGCACUUGAGCUUUACAUUGGAGGCUUUGUGACAUCUGAACUCGUCAAUUAUACAUUUUUCUUGUAACCGAGUCCCAUAGACUCCAACACCUGCAAUGUGACUGUCGGUCUCCUACUGGUAGGACUGUAUCAGGGGUUAGGCACA